UGCAUUCCCUGCAAGCUGUAUAUAAGACAUCAGCCUCCUUUACACAACCACUCACAGGCAGCCCAGCCAGCACUUCCAGCAGCCUUCUCCUGUAUACCUAGUACACAUCUCUACCAUUAAUGACUGCCCCAUGUGCAGACAGAGGGAUUAUCAGCUGAUCAGGGGGAAUCCUAUGCGGGAUUUGCAGUACAACUUGCAUCUGUGUAACAUGACCCAGGGGACGUAUUCAUUGUAAUACGUGAGCAACUUGGCUGUCUGGAGGAUAGAGCCCAGGCUGUGUGUGCACAGCUUCCUAUCACUGCCUCUGCCACAUCAGUCUGCUGCUCAGUGCUACCAUGGCUGGACACAGGCAUCCCCUGCUGCUGGGCUGCCUACUCACCCUCCUGGCUGGCUUCCUGCACUGCUCCCCAAGCUGCCCCCCUGGAGAUCGAGCCCUGGGUAGGUGCGUGGAUCCCGCAGCAGCAAAAGGAACAUGCAGUGAUAAUUCCCUGGGAUAUUGCGAUGAUUUACCCUACAGCAAAAUAAUGUUUCCAAAUGCAUUAAACCAUCAAUCAAGAGGGGACACAGAGUUUAGUGCCGAAUACAUUCUCCUAAGUGUUAUAGACAACUUGCUCCAAGGCGAGUGCAAUCCUGAUAUCAGACUUGUAGGGUGCUCCAUUCUCGCCCCACGGUGUGAGAAGAACAAGAUCAUUAAACCCUGCAGAAAGGUUUGUGACGCUUUGAAGAAAACUUGCCUUCCUGCCUUCGAUGCAAUUGACAUGGCAUGGCCUUAUUUCUUGGACUGCGACCGUUUCUUUGCUGGAGAAGAAGAAGGCUGUCAUGAUCCCUUGGAGAAACUAAGAGUUAAUGUAGAGAUAACCGCAGAAGACCAGCUUCCGCCAGCGGUAUCUACCUUCAUCCACUUCACUCACCACAGCUACACGCAGAUGGUCGGUGUAUUGAAGAAAACCGCAGGCAAAUGCUCGCACAUAGCUAAGACCUACAGCAUCGGGCGGAGCUUUGAAGGAAAAGAACUUCUUGUUGUUGAGUUUUCAACCAAGCCUGGGUACCAUGAGCAGCUUAAGCCUGAAGUGAGGUACAUUGCCAACAUGCACGGGAAUGAAGUUGUGGGAAGAGAAUUGCUGAUCUACCUGACUCAGUAUUUGUGCUCGGAAUAUCUCCUUGGAAAUCCCAGAAUCCAGGAAUUAAUCAACACUACCAGGAUUCACCUUCUGCCUUCCAUGAACCCAGAUGGCUAUGAGCUUGCAUCCGAGGAGGGUGCUGGCUACAACGGAUGGACAAACGGGCGAAUGACAGCUCAGAAUAUUGAUCUCAAUAGAAAUUUUCCCGAUCUGACUUCCGAAGUUCAUAAAUUAAUGAGAAUGCGCUUAGCGCGCGUUGACCAUAUGCCCAUCCCCCAGUCGUAUUGGGAGGGUAAGAUUGCACCAGAGACUAAAGCUGUCAUGAAGUGGAUGAGGUCCGUCCCAUUUGUUUUAUCCGGUAGCCUUCACGGCGGUGACCUGGUUGUUAGUUAUCCUUAUGACUUCUCUAAACACCCCUUGGAAGAGAAGAUGAAUUCUCCCACUCCAGAUGACAAGGUAUUUAAGAUGCUUGCAAAAACCUUUGUGGCCUCACAUCCCAAAAUGUCAGACAAAUCAACUGAAAGAUGUGGUGGCAAUUUUGUUACGAAAGGCGGAAUAAUAAAUGGUGCUGAAUGGUACAGCUUUAGUGGAGGAAUGUCAGAUUUCAGUUAUCUCCACACAAAUUGUUUUGAACUGACCCUGGAGCUGGGAUGUGAGAAGUUUCCAACUGAGGAUGAACUGUAUUCUGCCUGGCAAGACAACAAAGAGCCUUUGCUGAGCCUAAUUGAAAUGGUGCACCGUGGCAUUAAAGGAGUAGUCAAGGAUGAAUAUGACAAUCCAAUAAAAAAUGCUCGUAUCUCAGUAAAAGGAAUUCGUCAUGAUGUAACCACAGGUGAAGAUGGAGAUUACUGGCGACUUUUGAUUCCUGGUGUCCACGUGGUCUCGGCAGAGGCUUUCGGUUACUCUAAGGUUACAAAAAAAAUUACUCUACCAGCUAAAAUGACUAAGGCUGGACGCGUCGAUUUUGUCUUGCGCCGCGUUGAUGUGAAAAACCGAAAAUUUGACAAAGUUGCUCCAGAAGAUAUUUAUGAUCGAUUUGACCCACUGGAUUCUUUUAACCCUCAUGCCCAGCAUGGACAAGAUGAUCUAGAUGAAGAAUCUCAAGAUAGAGAAAAGCCUUGGUGGUGGUCUUAUUUCAGUAUGUUAGGUCAUAAUAGACCAUCAUGGUUACUUAAAAACAAUUGAACAUAAUAAGUCAUAUGUAAUUGAAUUGUAAAAUGGGUACAAUUGCUAUAUUUUCUUGCUACAGUAUAUGUGUCACCUUAGUUUUCUCAGUAUAACAUUCCAAACUGUUUGGCUGAUCUUAAUUACUUUUACAUGUUUUAAUUAACAUUAAUAUUAUUUUUCUCCAUGUUUUUUUUUUUUUUUUUGUAUUUUUAAUGCAGUUUUUAAACUUCUUGUAAAAAUGUUUGUAUAUUUUUAUGGUAAUGAACACAAGAUACAGUACUUUCAAAAAUACACAUAAUGCAAAAGGAUAAAUAAAAUUAAUGUAGAAUGUGUGCGCACAAGUUUAUAUUGCCAUUUUUUGUUAAUAUUUAUACUACAAUAUAUUAAAGAAAAUGCAUAAUUACUCCUUUUUCUUUAGGGUUUAGACUACAGAUCUUGUACUUGUGAAGUUUUUAUUUUGUAACAAUAAAGUUCAAAUCCAUUAGCUAUUUACAAUUGCCAUUUCAGUUACUCAAAAUGCUAAGCUUUAAAUAAAUGUAACAAUUUAUAACUUUAUUUCUUCACUAUUGCAAUAUAAUGUAGAAUGUUUUAUUGUUAACCAAAUGGGUAGUAGGCAGGUACAGUCAUUAGUGAAACCUAAUAAAUUAUUUGGAAUAAAGUGACCCAAUAUUUGGCUGCACCCAGUGACAGUCUUUCAUGAGAUUAA